AACCGUGCUACCCAGCAACGAAACCUACUCACGAUUCGGAACGUUCGCGAGCGGCUCAUGAUCCAUAAAAUGUCCAGAUAGGAGCUUUAGAACUUAAACAUUCAAUCGUUUAUUCAUUCAUCAACCAUGGCGACCACGGCAGCGAAAAGACCACGUCCGUACCGGGAGUUCCUCACACCAGCACUGCAUCGACAGUUCACACGAGCGGGAGGCCUCACAUUAGCGGUCUGUUUUGGUGAGGCAGUAUAUAUGGGACAAUGGGAUCUCUUCUGGAAGUGGUUUCCAAUCGGCCCAGCCGGCGCUCGCACUUUACUGUUGGCAAUUAGUGUGUUAUUGGUGAUGAUAAUAAGGGUAUCGCGGCUACAUGUUGGCCGUAGAACAACUAUUUCAUCCUUCGCCACGUUUAAAUCACAGUUCGUCGCCGUCAAUACGUAUACCACAUUUGCAUGGUACAUUGUAUCUGCUCUGCUAUUUGCAGAAGUAUAUGUUUGGGCACAGCCGUCAGACUCUGGCUUUGGCGUCAUCAACCAUGGGAGGGCCCAUGAACGAGCACGAUUAAAUGAGCGUGCGAUCGCCUUCAGAACGCUGUUUGUUAUGUUAGGCAUUCUACAGUCCCUCAUUCACCUGUUCAGCGACCGCGACAUGGUCCCAUCGCCAACGCGUAAAGUCAAGAUCGAUCCCAAAGCUGCGGCCACAAUCUCCGUGGCAGAGUCACCAAUAAUUCUCAUCAAGGCCGCUAUGCCAGGAGUCAUUGGACGACUUGCUUGGAUUUCCAUCCUAUUCCCAGUGCUCGGUUUCUUGGUUUAUAUUGCGACACCCCUGCGCAGUAUUGCAUGGCACUUUGCCUUCGAUACACUACGAUUUGUCUUCUUCCUUCCCGCCAAACAACGCUUUCAGCAAACGGGCUUCACACCUAUUAUCCCAUUUUUCUGGGCUGUGGUGGAGCAGACAGCGCUGCUUGUGCUAUUGUGGGAGAUUGCAAAUGCUGCGUUCAGUGCUUACAUAGCUCAGCCUCCUCUAAAGAAUGAACAACCUCUGACAUCUGACAACAAGAAAGGAAAAUCCGUGGAUCCAAACGGUAGUUUGAUUAGCGGAUUGAAGAGCAAGAAAGAAUUUGCAAAAGCAAGCGCCUUCUACGAGCUCCUACUCAUCACAAUCAAGUUUCCAGAGCGAAGAAAGAGCAUCUACUCCGAACUAGACCGUGCAGGUGGUAACUCAUGGACCCAAAUCUCGCAAUUAUGUCUUAACCAAAUUAUCGGCAUAACCAAACGUAUUGACGCAUUCAACAAUCCUACAGCACCAACGCCGCCGCCACCAAUUGAAAUCAAAGAGAGGGCACCAAUUGCUCCUCCAUUGAAGACAGAUAACAUUUUCGCGGCGCAGCCGCUUUCAAUGGGCACGCCUGCUCGUACAGGAGAAUGGGCUAAGAGCGUAGCAGCGAAAUACGGUAACUCCCCAGGCGCCGAGCCAGCAAAGGAUAUUGUGAAGUUUGCUAGCCGCAAGCUUCUUACUAAUCAGCAAAGACAAGCUCUGGCCAAACAGCCUCAAGAACUAGAAAAACGAGUGGAAAACAUGUGGGAUGCUGUCCUGAAGUCUCCGAUCGGCUGGCCGUUCAGACAGAGUUUUGAACGAAAGAUCGCUGGAGUGGUGUGUGGUGUACCACACUCGCAGGCCGGUGUCAUCGUAGAUGCUAUUGACGCGUUGACACGCCUUACCGUCGAGUCGUUAAAAGAAGAUGUCUACGGGCAAGUUGCAAACGACGUUGCGGGUAUAAUCCGCACGUACAUGAGGACCUUGAACGCAAUUCAUGAGUUCGUGCACACAACCCCACCACACUGGUCAGACGUGACCUUCACAGCAAAGCAGAGAGACCAAGUGAAAGAUGUCAAUGAUGUGAUUGACGCAUUGACGGAUGGUCUAAGCGCAAUCCUUGGUGCAUUUGGAGAGUAUCUGCCCUCCAUGGGGCUAGAAGGAAGUGAAAUUAAGGAGAUCAAGGCUCUUGUCGCGGAGCGGCAGAAAAAAGCUGCGGCUGUAGUAUCUAAGGAAGGUAACAAUAAAGGCACAAAAGAGAUGGAGCAAGUGAGAUGAUUCAGGGCAGUUGCGGUUCUGCUCCUUGCGUGAAUCUGAAGUAGGGAAGCAAGCAUCAAGCGUUUGGCGUUAUUGCAAGGCGGGUGGGACAAAUGUAUUGAAUCAACAGUGUCUCUCAAACAUUAUAAUCCGAUCGGCACCGUUUGUCUUGUAUUAUUUGUCAAAAACUCCCAUGUCGCUAGUCAACGAAUGUCUGUGCCGAGCAAAAAGGAGGGUAUCGAAUGAGAUGCGCCCCAACCAAUUCCACAAAGAAGGAGAAAGCUCCGGACUGCAUUGCGCACAAAAUAACUCACUUACAAUCAACAUCAUCAUCAAAGCAUCAUACUCCUCCU